AUCUUCACCUUAUCCUCUUUCUCAUUUCUGCACAAAAUCCACCACCACACGCAAAAAAACGAAAAAGACAAACACAAAAACUCUGCCUCGCCGCCGGCGAAACACUCGCCGGAAAACCCGAACAAGUAGCCGUGAGAUAUGGAAGCUGUGUUGAUGGCUCACGACCCCGAUGUGUUGAGAAAGAGCCUGACGUUAUCGUCGCGUUGCUUGUUGGGGAACCGCAAUCGUAUAUGCUCGGAGUUCAGAAAUCUAACUGUGAGGGAGUGUGAUUCUGAGUUGAAUCAAUCGCCAUCUACUCAUUUUCGUUAUCACUAUCACCAUUCAUCUUCUUGUUCAUCAUCAUCAUCAUCAUCAUGCCUUUUACAAUGAAGAUUCAGCCGAUUGAUUCUGACGUUUGUGAAGAGACGAGGAGGCUGGAGUUGGUGAAGCCGGUGGCCAAGUGGCGGUUGAAGCGGCUCUUCGAGCGCCAGUUCCCCAGCGUUCUGAGGAGCUCGGCGGCGGCGGUGGAGAAGACCGCCGGCGACGAUGCGCAUUUCGGCAAGGACGUAGCUGGUGCCGAUUUGGAACCGAACUCUGUGUGUCUGGCGAGAAUGGUGCAGAGUUUCAUGGAAGAUAAUCACGAUAAUAAGCACCCGGUUUCCGUUAAGUGUUCCCGUAACCGCUGUAACUGCUUCAACGGCAACUGCGACGACAACUCCGACGGUGAAUCGGACGCCGGUUUCGGAGAAACUAACCAGCCUUCCUCCAGCGAAGCUCUCGAAAUCCUCAAGGGUUUGGUGGCGUGUGGCAGCAAGAGCGAGAGGAAUCUGUUAGCGGACACAGCGAAGAUAGUUGAGAAGAACAAGAUAAUCUGCAAACGCAAAGACGGCGAUUGCAGAAAGCUCGUCACGGAGGCUUUGUUAGCUCUUGGCUACGAUGCUGCAAUCUGCAAAUCUCGCUGGGAGAAAACUCCUUUCUAUCCCGCUGGGGAAUACGAGUACAUUGACGUGAUAAUUGGGAACGAGAGGGUGCUGGUUGACGUUGAUUUCAGAUCGGAGUUCGAGAUUGCUCGCCCGACCAAGGCGUACAAGGCGAUCCUUCAAACUGUUCCGUACAUAUUCGUUGGCAAGUGUGAGCGGUUGCAGAGUAUGGUGGCGAUUGUGUCCGAGGCGGCGAAGCAGAGCUUGAAGAAGAAGGGAAUGCCGGUUCCGCCGUGGAGGAAGGUCGAAUACGUCAGAGCGAAAUGGCUCUCCCCUCACACGCGAGUUUUUCCCCCUUCCUCGUCGCAAGGGAUCAAAAACAACGCGGAGGAAAACCAGGUUUUGGCCGGCGGCGCCGGCGAGUUUAAAGUGAGUCGUUGCGAGUCGGAUGAGUCUAAUAUUGUGAUCCAAUCCAAACCACCGGAGAUAAAGGCUAAGAGCUCGCUCUCUGCUUUGGCUGCUGUGUUAAAUGAAACCCCAUAAAAAUUUUGUAUUUUAUUUUAAUUUUUUUUUAUUUUUUUGGAAGUCUUUAAUUCUCUGCAGGGAUGAGAUGAGGAUUAAAAAUCUUGUAUUGUAAAACUGUUAGGGAGCUCUAUCCCCUUCUGGUUUUUGUAUGUAAGGGAUGAUGAGUUUCAUUUACUACUAAUAAUAACAACAUAAUAUGAAUAAAAAUGAUGAUGGACUGAAGAGGUAUUGUUAGAAAA